GGUCGUGGCGGUGAUCAGCGCCACAGUCACAACAGCUGAGGGAAUUGUCCAAUAACAGUCUUCACACUCUUAACAGUUUCAGUGUAUCAACCCGUGUCGCGCCCAGGUACUUGACAGCCUGAAUAGAUCCCCUUAGGCCCUCCAUCAAAUCAUCUCUGUCACACACACAAAGGGAGGCCACUGUCAUCAAGAUAGACUCGUUCACGAUUAAUGGAGAACUUUGAUUUCAGCUAAAUUAGCUUUGAAAUGUCUUGAUUGUUUCCUAGCCACUGGAAAGAAACGUUUUAAAGCCAUUUGAAGCAAUUGAGAUGGUACCCCAACACAAUCAACCAGAUAACAUAUUGCAUUGACGCUAUUUAUCUACUGGUAUAUUCCUGGCCAGCUGUUUGGCAAUGGGAAUGGGAAUUCUAGCAUCAGCUGACUGACUGACUCUGGAAGCGGUUGUGCAUGGCGUGCACAUGCAUUCAUCCUGCAAUGGCAAUAAUUACGACUAGCCGGGUCGGAGGAUGCCAAUCUCACCCAGCACUCAGUUGCAUCACUAGGUGUUUCAUUGAUUCGACAAUGUCACCGAUGAAGGAGGGACGAAUUACGGACUAGUCACGGCUGGGAGCCAGAGUCCCUGCCAUCGGAAUAAAGGUCUUAGCCUUUUGUAUUCACAUUGCCAGUGUUAUGCCACGUCGUCAUGUCGAUGUUAACGCGCAAAGGGACAUUAGUCCGCCCGAAGAGAGGAACCAUAAAAAGGUCACAGGUCACUCGGACCAGAUCCGGUGGAACCGGAAAGGAUGUGUCACGUGGUCUAGAGGAAGCGGACGGGUCCCCGGGCGUACCUACGUCACCAGGGAGUCAGGACGUGGUGACGCAACCCCCAGGAAAGUCGAGUGUGGUGUGUUUUGACGACAACAACCAGCUGUAUCAGACCGGCGUGCGGUGGCCGACCAGGACCCCCAGCACAGACCAGCCCAGCCAUGGGGAAGUCUUCCUCCAGAUCAGAGAGGCCAACAAAGAAGCAGACGACACCAGGGACUUCCUGUGUCGGGUCACAGACAUCUUCUGCAAUUCCUUAUUUUUUACCGUGAUUAUCGUGGCACUGAUGAUAAUACCAACUGCUAUGGUAUCGGCUGGGGUAAAAUACCUCAGCGACUGUCCCGUACAACCGAAGAUUCCAGUUUAUCUGAUGGUAGGAGGGUGCUUUGGCAUCCUCAAGCUUGUUGGAAUGUGGUGGAGAAAUGUUCAGAUACGACGCUACGAAAGCAUGGACGCAUUCUAUGACGCACACGAUCAUGACGCCGCUUUUGCGUCACACACGUUCAAACUUAUGGACGCCAUGUUGUCAGCAUUCCUGCUGGGAUGGCAAAUAACUGGAACGUACUGGGUGUUCACCAUCUAUGAACCGAAUUACACUCCUCUUCUCCAUGAACCAAGCAACUGGUGUGAAAAGACAGUGUAUAUGAUAGCGUUUAUUCAGAUUCUCGGAUGCUACGGUCUUUUGUGCCUUGGAAUUCUCUUGCUGCUUCUCAUAGCAGCGUGUUAUAAGUACACAGGAAUAUUUGAUAAAUGAAAUCUUCUAUUUUCUACUUUGCAUAAAAGUUAUUACAUCAUAUUAUACCAUGUACUCAUGCUUGCCAAAACUGUAUAUUUACCAAUGUCAUUGUAUUACAUUUUCUACCAAGUGUCCAUGAUGUUAUAUUAAUAUAUGUAUAUGUAUAUGAAAACUAUUUUUUGUUUCCGCUUGAAAAUGAUGCAGAAUUUAUACAUAAAUCGGGUUGGGUUUUGCUCAUACAGAUAACUUGUAAGUCACAAAAAUAACAUGUAUAUUGAUGAUAUUCAUCCCCGUCAUAACUAUCAUCAUAAUUAUAGAUAUUUUUAUUUCGUUGAAGCGUUAUGUUAAUAUGACCUUUGUUCAUAUCAAUAUUCAUUUUUUCACAAUUGGAGUCCUGCAGGUUCGGGAUUUACGUGCUUAUAAUUAUUUUGUAAACGUUGUCAAUACCUUGAGGAAUCAAUAGAUACGUACAUAAGAUACGCAUGAACAUGGGCAGAUGUGUGGCGUAUUGAAUAAAACGCCACAGCUUCUAUACAUAGUUACGCAAUAUUUAUAAAUAUGUUAUAAACAGUUUUGGGAAAAAAAUGUUUAACAAUUGGCUGUAAUUUUCCUUUUUCUUGUAAGUUCUGGACAUCUGACACGAUCAAUCCCAUAAGUAUGAAAUAAGAUAUGUAAGAAGGGACGAUUUUCGAAAUCCACGAAAAUAUUAUCAAUCCCGCAUCCAAGAAGACAUGUUCAUAAUAUGUUAGUCUGUUUUGUCACUAUCUCCUUGAAAAAUCAGCUUUGAUAAAAACUUGAUCAUUUUUAAAUGGAAAGUUUCCUGCAAAUAUCUAAAAUAGGCAUAUUUUGGAUAUAUUUUAGUCGUACCCUUACAUUUGGUGUUGUGAUAUUUGUUUAUUUGUUGAUUACAACCGCACUCAGCAAUGUGCCAGCUAAAUAAAGGCACUUUGUUUUUAAUUGUAUCUGGACAAUACCAGGCAGUGAUUGAUGUUAUGAACAACUUCCCUCGAGGUCGGGGUACGAUGACACGCCAGAUACCAAAUUCAAGUCACCUGAUCCACUAAGAAGCUCUUUGGCCAUCAGCAUGUACGUAUGUUUCUGGGGACGUUUUCUAACCAAGAAGCACCUUGAGAUGGUGUUGUUAUGAUUGGUUGGUUGGUUUGUUGUUUAAAGACGCACUCAGCAAUAUUCCAGCUAUAUGACGGCGGUCUGUAAAUAAUCGAGUCUGGACCAGACAAUCCAGUGAUUGGUAUGAUGAGCAUCGAUCCACGCAAUUGGAGCAGAGCAUUGACGUGUUGAAUUGAAGACAGUUUAAUUACAAUUCAUAGUAAAGAUUUUGAUAAACUUCCAGCAUAUUACUAGUAACGUAAUACACAAGCUUUGCUCAUUUUUAAAAAUGCGAGUCAGUGGUCCAAAAUGGCUCCUUGUCAAACCCCUACUUGGCAUAUUCAGUAUGGAGUGAACGACGAAUCUGUUUACAAUCCAGUCAGAUUUGAGUGACAAUGUAGACACAAUUUUAUGGAUAAAAACUUCUUUAAUACUGUGAAAAGCGACGUUUCGUUAUAGAUCCUUAUACCGUUGUCAUUAAAGAAGUUAUGCAUAGAAUUGUGUCUACCUUGUCAUCCGUCAAUGCCUAUCAAACAAUUUACAGAUUUGAGUGACAUUGUUAUUAUCGAAUUGUUAAUUAUGUUUUGUACGCAACAUGUUUGUUUUGUAUAACAUGUGGCAUGAUUAAUUUGCAUUAUGAUCUGCAAUAGCAUUUUUAUAUUCUUAUGUUUCUAGUCGUCAUUUGCAUAACACUUUGUCUUGGCAAAGAUAAUAAUUAUUCACAAUGAGUUCAUGUAAUAAUAAAUCAAGGGAAUGUUACAGAAUUAUAAUAAAUGGGACAUAUACACGCAU